CGUCUUAUCUGAGUUAUCUUAUAUAGCUGCAAUAUAAAAGAAGACUACUCCGAAGGUUUUAAGUUAAAUUUAGGACCCUUAUGGGGUCGUAUACGUAUUCUUUACAGCGUUGCAAAAUUCUUCAUAGUCUUUGCAAGGGUAUACAAAUUAUCAAUGAGCGCUUGGCUUUAAAUAAGAGUAUGUCCCCUAAAAAACACAACAUUUCGUGUUUGGGACUCGUAGCGCUUGGAUCGCUUGCAGCUCGAUUAGAUCAUUUCUGCCGGGAAUCGCCUCGAUCGUACCACAGAGCCACAUUCCGGUUGGGAUUAGAUUCGGCCGCCAGUUAGAUAGCUCACAAUCAGGAUGAAGUAUUUCGGCGGAGUCGAAGGGGGAGCCACGCACUCCAGGCUGGUUAUCUGCGAUGAGAGCGGUCAGGCGGUGGGCUCUACAAGCGGCUUGGGCACCAACCACUGGGGCAUCGGCAUCCCGGAGUGCGCCCGUCGUAUCACCGACAUGGUGGAAAGGGCCAAGGAGGAGGCAGGCAUACCCAAGGACACGCCGCUCACAAGCUUGGGUCUAAGCCUCAGCGGCUGCGAGCAGGAGGCCACAAACCGAGAACUGGAGCAGGAGCUACGAACCACAUUUCCAGAUCUAGCCGAGAACUACGCCGUUUCCAGUGACACCAUGGGCAGCAUGUUCACAGCAUCCCCCAUCGGCGGCAUGGUCCUCAUCUCGGGCACGGGGUCAAACUGCCUGCUGCGCAAUCCCGAUGGCUCUACGUCGAACUGCGGCGGUUGGGGGAACUUCCUCGGUGACGAGGGCAGUGCUUGGUUCAUCUCGUAUCGUGCGGUAAAGGUUGUUUUUGAUCACAUGGACAACUUCGAGAAAUCGCCGGCCCCCGUUGAGAAGACCUGGGCCCUGAUCAAGGAGCACUUCAGUAUUGAAACCCGGUACGAUAUGCUGUCUCAUUGCUACGCCAAGUUCGACAAGCCCUUUUUCGCCAAUCUGUGCAAAAAGCUCGCCCAGAAUGCAGAGAAUGGUGAUGAACUGGCACGCGGAUUGUUUCGCGAGGCUGGUGUGCAUCUGGCACGUAUGAUUGUGUCCCUGCUGCCAAAUGUUCACAAGGAUCUGGUCAAGUCCGGUGACUUGAGCGUGGUGUGCGUGGGCUCGGUGUGGUCCAGCUGGAACCUGCUGCAGGAGACAUUCAUCGCGGAGCUCUCCAAGACGCCUAUCGACUUUAACCUCAAGUUGGUCAGCAUCACCAAGAGCAGUGCUUACGGAGCAUGCUACCUGGGUGCGGACAAUGCAAAGUUUGAACUACCGCGGAACUAUGCGGACAACGUCUCAGUCCUGCACACAUACACAGAUCCACGGAAGAAGACAGGAAUUAAGACCAACGGGGUGGGCAAGGCGUCAGUAGAUGUGUAGCUCUUAGAUAAAUCCAUUCCCAAACAUCCAAUCAAAGUAGCAGAGUAUGAGAAGAUACAUAAAUCGGUUGAUCUACAGACGACAGAAAGUAAAUUAAUGUUUGAUACAGAUACCCUUAAAGUUAAAGUUCAAUGCCAACAGAGUGUAUGUAGUUACUUUUCAUCAGCCACGUCGGCUUUGGGCUUUAUCGGUUCAUAGAUAGUUUGAUAGUAGUUUGAUUCCAGACGAUUUCAAAUCCAAAAAGAGGUUUAUGUAAAUCACCAAAAUAAUACCUGCCGCGUUCUUGGGUUUGUUAGAAAUACGUAUGAAAAUUUUAUUCGAUAAUGUUCAUUGUAUUAAUUGUGUAUAAGUGUCUGAAUGUUGGCUGUUAUAAUAUCUUUCAUUAUAAUUGCUGCAUCUAUUUUGUAAUACUUUGAUUGUAUUUAAAGCCAAUUCGUUUUUAUUUCGCCGUGCUGUCUGUCAAUUCUUUGGCUAAUUUGAUUCUCAAAUCGGGGGAGCAAAACAAGAACGUAUCUAGUUUGUAGCGAAGAAAUAAAGAGAGGCCAAACACAA